GCCAUUUUGUCGCGGGCGGCUGAGGGAGAAGCGGCGGCGGCGGCGGGAGCGGGCGGAGCUCAGCGCCAGCCCCGGCCCCGGCCCCCGCCCCGGCCCCGCGCCUGCCCCUCACCUGUCCCACACCUGCCCCACACCGGCCCCGCUAACACCUGCCCGCCCGCCGGAGCCACCGGAGACCUGGCGACCGUCUGCUUCGAUUCUCUGAAGAUGGCUGCACAGUCAGCACCGAAGGUCGUGCUAAAGAGCACCACCAAGAUGUCUCUGAACGAGCGCUUCACUAACAUGCUGAAGAACAAACAGCCGAUGCCGGUGAAUAUUCGGGCCACCAUGCAGCAGCAGCAGCUGGCCAGCGCCAGAAACAGACGCCUGGCCCAGCAGAUGGAGAACAGACCGUCUGUCCAGGCUGCUCUGAAGCUCAAACAGAGCUUGAAGCAGCGUCUUGGGAAGAGCAACAUCCAGGCUCGGCUGGGCCGGCCGGCGGGAGCGCUGGCCCGGGGGGCCCUGGGGGGCCGGGGCCUGGCCCUGGGCCAGCGCGGAAUUCCACGGGGGGCCCUGCGGGGCCGCGGCGCCCGGGCCAUGAUCCGAGGGGCUGCCGCGCUCCGAGGUCAGGGGCUGCUCCGCGGCGGGAGGGGGAUCGCCCCCCGGAUGGGGCUGCGGAGAGGAGGGCUCAGGGGCCGCGGAGGGCCGGGAAGAGGCGGCCUGGGCCGAGGGGCCAUGGGCCGAGGGGGGCUGGGAGGCAGAGGUCGCGGCAUGUCCAGCCGGGGCCGGGGCGGCUUCGGGGGCCGCGGGAGAGGCCGAGGCCGCGGCAGAGGCUCCGCACGGCCGGCCCUGACCAAGGAGCAGCUGGACAACCAGCUGGACGCCUACAUGUCCAAGACCAAGGGACACCUGGACGCCGAGCUGGACGCCUACAUGGCACAGACGGAUCCCGAGGCCACCGACUGAGGGGCCAGGACUGCCCGCGGAGCUUGUGCCGUGCUGGGAGAGCCCUUCUCCAUUCCCCAUGGAGAAUUCAGACUUAGUGUGUUCUUCGAUGUUUUGAUACUCUCUCUGUUGUAUUAAACUUUUUUUGGGAUUGUU